ACUCAUUUGUAUUUGUCUACUGUGAUCAUUUGAAAUAACAUGGGUGGAGGAAAAGGUGGUAGCAGUGGUGGUGGUGGUGCCAAAGGUGGUAGCAGUGGUAGUAGUGCCGCCAAAGGGUCAGGUGGGGGCUCUAUGAAGGCCCCCGGUGGUGGUGGUGCUUCCAUCUCCCGGGGUGCAUUUGAGAGUAACCCUCAAGGGUACUUCAGUGGCUUACAUGCUGCUCAAAAGGGAAAUAAGUAGUUUAAACUACUGUUUGCUUUAAUAUUAUGUAACUG